CGGACGGCCAUUUAAGCCCCCCUCAAAUCACAACCUCCCCAACAAUGCAAUAAUACUAAUCUCCCCCUUUUCACCAACACCUACCUGUCCCUCACGGGCAGCCCCAGAAGCUGCCCAUUCUCCCCUCAAACUGAAAAUCCCAACCAAUCUGUUUCUUUGGUCAAGAGAGAGAAAAACCCCAACACAUACAUAAAAUCUAACUACAAUUGAAACACACACAAAAUUGCCGAACCAAAACAAAGCGCUACCGUUUCUUUUGCUCUUCAAGACCGUAAUAACAUCCUUAACAAUCAGUCCCCCUGUCGGUUUUUUUAUAGAUGCCAAUGAAGAACGUUUCAAGAAACAGGUUCUUGCUCUGUUUUCGACCAGUUGUCGACAUGGAAGUUGUUCUCGAGACUGAAGGCGUCGGUGAUGGUGACCGGUCGGCCACCGAAGGUCUGCCGUAUAUCAGUGCGGAGAACAAGGAGGAAACGAAGCAAAUGUUGACUCCAAAGCGAAACCUCUCUCGGGUGAUUAAGGCCGUGAUGUUUGAAACCUUAUUGACGAAGAGACUUCGUGACAGAAAGCAGAGUCUUUUGGUGAAACCAGAAAGGUCUCAUGAUUUGUGUGACGAAAAAUCAGUGAAUCGGGCGUCGGUGGACACUAAUAUCGAUCAAGAAAUUACAACCACUUCUGGGUCAUCACAUUCAUCUUCGUUUCGUUCAUCAUCGGUGAGUUCCUCCAGGUCUUCGACUGACACAACGAAACAAGAUUGUAGCAUUAAUCAUCGAGUUCAAGGCGUUGUGGAGAAGCCAAAGAAGGUGGAAAUGGGUUGCUCUGGUUUCAACUCCGGCAUACUCUUGCUUGUGAUUAGCCUUAUUAUCACAAUCUUGUGGGGAAGGGUUUGUGCUAUUAUUUUCGCGUCAAUUUGUGCAUACUUUGUGCCUCGCCGGCGGGUGGGUUAUGGCAGACAAGAAAGUGUGAUCAAGUUGGAAAAGACAGAGUCCAGAGAGCACAAAAAGAAGGUCAUAAUGGAAGGCUUCCUUGGAAGGAACCACCACAGAAGGCAUUAAAUCGGAGACGUAAAAAUUCGCCGUUUCGUGCUUGAUGCGACUUUCUCUGGGGGUCUCUGGUUUAGCAAAUUAAAGGCAUUCUCAGGGCCAAUAGACAAACACGUCUGUCUUGUGACUUGUGAUGUGCCUUUUCACAAGUCAUGGGGGGAGAAGAACAGAACAUUCUGUUCUUCAUUUACUUCCCCUGCUCUGAUCUCUCUCGUAUUUGUUUACAGAUGAAAGAUAUAGAAACAAUUGUACAGAGAUUUUGGUUAUUAAAGUGUAAUUCAUCGCUAAAAUUAUAACUAUUGCUACAGUUUUGAUUGAUUUAUA